UAAGAGAUAGUCAUGGAGGUGGCCUCGUUACUCGACACAAUUCUAGCAAGUAUGAAGAAGAGCCAGACACUGCUGCUGCUAGUCCUCCUCGACUACGUCGCUGCUACCCUCUACGAAGACUGUGGUUCCGUGGCGCGGAUAGUAAGAGUUGAUAUCGAGGACUGCAUUCUGCCUCCCUGCCACGUUACUCGACCAGACAUUCAGGACGUCAACAUCACCUUCUCCCCAAUUGAUGUGGUUCAGAAGUUUGACGCAACAUUAGACGCUAGGAUCGAUGGCAUUCACUUCCCGUGGCCGGGCCCCGGGGGCUGCAAGCUGCUGGUGGAUGGUGAGUGUCCCCUGGAGGCGAACGGUACUUACCUGUACCAUGCUGUGAUGCCCGUCCUGAAGGAGUACCCGGCGCUGUCAGUGUAUGUCACAUGGAUCAUACGGGACAACCAAGGCCUCAACCAAGUCUGCAUCUCUUUCCCCGUCAUCAUAUCCUAGAAUAACCUCCUGCUGCUAGAUACCUCGUGUCCGUCCAGCAACCAGUUACAUGUGAGAGAGAGAGAGAGAGAGAGAGAGAGAGAGAGAGAGAGAUAAAUAG